CGAUUCUCAUAGGAGCAGCCAUGUUCUUGACGGGAGGAACGCUUGGUAUCUUUGCCGCCUUCAAUGCCGAUCGCGGCACUCUAGAGGAGACCGGUGGCAAAUCGGUCGAAGACGGCGCUAACGUCAUAUACCGUCCAGCUCUCAUCGGCUCCCCGGCCUGGGUCUGGAUACCGAGCGCAGCCGACGCCGCUGCCGCAUUUAAAACGCUCCCGUUCCAAGCCGGGUUGAUGCAGCUGCUUGGCGGUGUGAUUUUCACCAUACCCGCCGUGGCCAACGUCCCCGGGCUUCUCGACCCGAACGACCUCGCCACAAUCCAGAUGCUAGUUUUCAUGCCUCAAGUGAUUGGAGGCUCGUUGUUUUUUGUCGCCAACUUCGCGCUCAUUAUAUUCGCGCAGGAAGCUUGGUACAAGCCCAACUUUGGGUCCUGUGAGUGGCAGGGCGCGUUAUGGAACACCAUGGGCUCGUCCGGGUUUGCCAUCACCGGCAUAUUGCUAUUGCAGGGCGAUUUUUUCGGGGCCUCAGUCAUAGCCUUCGCUGGAAGUUUUGCUUUUCUUAUCGGGAGCAUCUUUCAGUGGUAUGUCCUGAUGGAGUUCCAUGCGACACCUUGGGCAUCUUGAGCGCAUUGCUCUUGGCAGCCGCCAGCAGGGCCUUAUGUGAGUCAUGGGUACUGGG